AUGUACACCAGUUCGCUUGCGGCCCGUGAAGAGGAAUAUGAUUAUCUUUUUAAAGUUGUUUUGAUAGGAGAUUCAGGUGUUGGCAAGAGCAAUCUAUUGUCCCGGUUUACCAGAAAUGAAUUUAAUUUAGAAAGCAAGAGUACCAUUGGUGUUGAAUUCGCCACCAGGAGUGUCACGAUUGAUGGAAAAACUAUCAAGGCACAAAUUUGGGAUACUGCGGGUCAAGAACGCUACCGGGCGAUUACAUCCGCAUACUACAGAGGCGCUGUUGGGGCUCUCUUAGUUUACGACAUCUCCAAACAUGCCACAUUUGAGAAUGUGUUACAGUGGUUACGGGAGUUACGUGAUCAUUCCGAUACUGGUAUCGUGGUUAUGCUCAUCGGGAACAAAUGCGAUUUGCGGCAUUUGAGAAUGGUUCCUACGGACGAAGCCCGCAGUCUUGCCAGACGUGAAAAUCUGUUUUUCACUGAAACUUCUGCUUUGGAUUCAACUAAUGUAGACGAAGCCUUCGUACAAAUCCUCCAAGGUAGGCGGAUAUUGUGUUUAGUUUUGUCGAACGCUACAGAUCGUCUUUAUUUGGGGUAG